AUGGCGGCCCAUCUCCGCGUAUCCCUCCGCGUCCCGCACCGCGUAUCCUUCCGCCCCCCGCACCGCACCGCAGCAGCCCGCCCCGCGCCCCGCCCCGCCCUACAUAAGCGCCGCCGCCGCCGCUUCUCCCGCUCCCGCUCCGCCGCCAUGAGCUACGGCGCGGAAUCGGCGGCGCUGGCCGCCUCCUACCGCCACCUCUACGCCGAAACCCCGCGGCGCCCCGAGGGGGCGGCGGGCCGGUGGGCGCUCCCGAGCGCGGAACCGGGGCGGGCCAGCGAGAAAGAGCAGCUUCAGGGCCUCAACGAGCGCUUCGCCGGUUACAUCGAGCGGGUGCGGGCGCUGGAGGAGCGGAACCGGGGGCUGGCGGCGGAGCUGGCGGCUUUGCGGGAGCGCUCGGCCGAGCCCCGCCGGCUGGGCCAGCUGCUGGGCGGGGAGCUGCGGGCCCUGCGCGCCCGCCUGGAAGAAGCGCACGGAGAACGGGCGCAGGCGGAGCUGGAGCGGGCCCGCCUGGCCGAGGAGACGCAGCGGCUGCGGGACUCCAGGCCGUUCUCUCCACCGCCUUCUCAGACCCUGCUGCAGAUGGGAAAUGAAAUAAACCCAUCGAUGUUCAAAGCCUCCCUCCUCUGCACACACUCCCAAUCCAUGCCCAGCUUCUCCAUCCCUGUUAGCAUGAGAUUUCGGGACCCCAAGCUCCUGGUGGGAUCACCCUUGCCUUUGCAGGACACCAUCGGGCAGCUGGAGGACGACCUGCGAAACACCAAAAACGAGAUGGCUCGGCACUUGAGGGAGUACCAAGACCUGCUUAAUGUCAAGAUGGCACUUGAUAUUGAGAUAGCUGCCUACAGGAAGCUGCUGGAGGGAGAGGAGAACCUCUUCAGCUCAGGAAGCGGCGGCCUUUCAGCUCUCAAUCCUCUCCCCAACCCCACUUACUCCUUCCAGCCAAGAGGCUUUAGUUCCUCUACUCUGUCCUUCAAGGAGGAGGAGCAAGGAGAGGUUAUUACGGUGACCUCCAAGAUAUCAUCCAGACGGGCUGAGGUGAUUGAGGGCACCAUAACCUCUGCCAAGAAACGGGGAAGAUUAAACCCGCAGGAAGGAUUCUUUGGGAAUGCAAAAAUCUAACGGUGAGGACCCCGUUGGUUUUGAAUUUGAGGGGGAACAGUCUCCACUCGGCCUUUAAAAUCCCCCUCUGGGCAUGAAGCUGUGCUGGGUCUGCAGGAAGCCCUCCCUUAGGAAAACAUAACCCCCCUGGGGACACCAACCCAGGGAUGGCUUCCUCGUGGGUCCAGCCCCGCAGAGGCCGAGCUUGGGACAUUGCUCCCUUUCAAAUUUUGGGGGUGGGAGGGGGGGCACGGGCAGUAGAUAGGUGCAUGUUGGUGGUUGUGGUGGUGGCACAGUGGACUCAUAGCACCCACCAUCCCUUCCUCGAUGGGUGAGGGGGAGCUGGCUGGGUCCGCUGCUCGCCGGGGAGGGGGGCACAGGGGGGGAGGAGGGAAAAAAUUCAACUAUAACUAGUUUCAAGGAUACAGACUUUCAUCCACAAAUAGCUAAACUCUUGCCCACUUCUCAAGCCGUAGCCGUCCACUUUUAAUCCAGAAGCACAGAAAUAGCCAUACUGGACUGCAACCACACCUGACAUCUCGUCUAUGAGCCACUUAUGUUUUAAAUUAUGAGGAAUGUUCUUUUUUUUUUUUUUUUUUCUGGAUGGUUUUGUCCUGACAGCUCUGGUUUUCAGCAGCGUUAGUUCAGGCACACGGGGGGUUUGCUGGCAGAAGGCGUAGGGCAGGGAACCGGGGCUUGGGAGCUGAAGGCACCACCACCCCGUGGGGCACAGGACCUCGUCUGGUGUCAAUGUUGAGGUCUGCAGGGCACCUUGUUCGGCUGCAGGGUCCUCACAUGAAAGCCCCGUGCUCACAUCAGCAUCCCGCAGGACUCCCCAACACCAGCCCCCAAAGCACCCCCCCGUCUCCGCUCUUCACUCUUCCAACACGUGCCAAAUUUGGGGUAGGAUUUACAACCAUAGGUUUCCUUCAAUGCCUUAAAAUUGCCAGCGAUCGCUUCUGCAAGAGCCGGAGACUGCACGUGUGUGUGUGUGUGUGUGUGUUGUGUGUCAGGGCCCUGGCGAGGUUGUCAUCUCGGGACCUUACUGCCCUCGUGGUGGUGCCAGAGUAGUUCCUGGAACCAGCAAACCGUUUGCUCGCACCCUUUCCUCUUCUUAUUGUAAGGCACAAGUUAAUAAUUAAAAAAAAAAAAAGAAAAGAAAUAGUUAAGUGGAUCAAA